AGCAGACCUGGUUCAACUCCGAACGCCUUUAUCAAAGCCAUGAACAUGUGUGACUUGUUCAGAAAAAAAUGUUACCCUUGCUAAAGUUGUAAAUCACAGCCGUUUUUUAUUAUAUUCUGUUACAGCUACAACUUUGUGUUUUGUCAGAAUCAGCCAAGAAUGUGAAUCCAAAAAAAACAGUGACCCUGUUUAUUGUUUCAGUUAGUGGACUGAUCCACUUCAAAGUCUUUACAACAUAUAUUAUAAGACAGACAUGGAUGUAAACACAACUUGACUGGUUUGAGGAGGCCCUAAUACAGUUGUGAUGCUGUAAUAAUCAAAAGUGUAAUGACACAAUCUGCUGAACUUCAUUUCAAUGUGUAAAUGAUGGUAAAACCGAGAGAGAGAAGUGAUAAAUGUCGAAGGUUGCUAUCAUUCUCUCACGUGUUUCAAAGCACAGAGCUGCUGCAACACCAACUUUGCAGUUUGUGGGUAUUCAUUUUGUCACACCCCUCCUGUGCCAGUGCUCUGACUCAGCUCAUUAGGAGCAGCUGGGGAGAGGCACAGCUGAGCGCGAUGAACAAUCACGAACAAUCAGCGCAGUAUAAAGCCUGGCACAUCCCUAAAUUCCCUGCUGCGUCAUUGCCACAUAGCUGCCACUCACCUCCUGCAUCAUGUUCCCGCCUGAGACACUCUGCACCCUGCCACGAGCACACAGCUCUUUGGAUUAAUGGAUCACCUCAUCCGUCAUCCCCGCUACAUGCUGCACCCCGUCACCUGCACUCCGCCGUCUGAACUCUACUGUCAGUGAGUUACCUUGCCGGCCCCGUCCUCCCUCUUCACCCCGGAAUCCCUCGUCCACUCCGCCUCCCUCUUCCGUCUGCUCCCAGUCCGCCUACUACUCGGUCCUCACCCCGUCUCUGCCGCCAUCUCCCUCAGCUCGGCUCGCCACCUGAUUUCCCGAUUCCCCUCCUGGACAUCUAGUGAGUUUCCCCACUCUCUGUUAGUUUGGCUUGUUUUUUUUCAUCGCGGCCCUAAGCCAUCGCUUUUAGUUUUGUUUAGUUUAGUUAACCCUCCACCACGGUCCUGCAACAUCGCCCUCAGUUUAAUUAGUUUCGUUUUACACUUUUCCUGUUAAUUUCCCUGUGCCUCCCUUAUGGAGUGAUUUCUUGUUUAAUAUUUUUUCUUAAUAAACUCUUAUUAAUUCAUCCCGCCUGUCUGUCGCCUGCUGCAUAGGUUCACACCACCCCGCAUUCAUGACACAUUUUUCUACAAAGCAACACAUUUUGAUCUUUUAGACAAGGUGUAUUUAUGGAAUAAUUUUGACAAUAACUCCAGAAAAAGACUUUUGGAGACAGAUAGAGAACAUUAGGUGUAUUGGAAGAUAUUAUUUUGAUAACAUCCCGGGGUUGAACUAAAGACAGAAAAAUCAGGCCUGUGAUUUGCAGUCACUACUCAGGAUGAACCUCUGGAAACUGAUUAACUUUUAUUGACUGGGUAUUGUUAAAACCUGAGGUGCAGUCUCUUGAGACAGACACUAAUCAGGUAACCAACAUCAAGAUGGCAGACUUUGGAGAGAUUCUCAGGAACAUUGGAGAAUUUGGAUUAUUCCAGAAGAUAAAUCUGAUUGCACUUUGCUUUCCAAACAUAAUUCAGUCUUUUUCACUAGCAAGUUUACUUUUUGUCGAGUUCGAUCCAGAUCGACACUGUAACACAGACUGGAUCCUCAGUGCUGGUCCUAAUCUGACCACAGAGGAGCAGCUGAACCUGACUCUGCCUCGGGAGGAGGACGGGAGCUUCAGCAGGUGUCGGAUGUUUGUCCCUGUGGACUGGGACAUCGAUGCCAUCAGGGAAAAUGGACUCAAUGAGACCAGCGGGUGUGUGAAUGGAUGGGUGUAUGGAAACAUGCUGUAUGACACCACCAUAGUCACUGAUUUUGAUCUGGUCUGUGAUCGGGGUAACAUGGUGCAAGUGUUACAAACAGUGUUUAUGGCUGGAAUGGUUCUUGGUUUCCUCAUCUUUGGACCUGCUGCUGAAUCGUUCGGUCGCAAACGAGCAACUCAGAUUCCAGCAGUUAUGAUGUUGGUGUUCAUGGUGACAACAGCAUUUUGCCCCAAUGUCUAUUUGUAUUUAGUGUCCCAGUUCUUAGCUGGAAUUGCAUUUGGAGGAUAUCGAGUCAACUGUAUUGUUCUGACCACUGAAUGGAUCGGGGCAUCCAAAAGAUCAUGGGGAGUAGGUGUGACUCAGCUAUUUGGUGCAAUCGGACAGUGCGUCCUCGCUGGUUUUAUCUAUGGCAUCCGGAAGUGGAGACUGGCUCAACUGAUCUCAGCAACUCCCCUUGUCUUGACUGUUGUUUACAUAUGGUUCAUUCCAGAGUCAGCCAGGUGGUUGUUAAACAGAGGGAGGACAGAAGAGGCGAAAAAGCUCAUCAUCAAAGCAGCAGCCAUUAACAAACGCCCCAUCCCAGACUCUCUGCUGGAAGAGAUAAAAGUGACCAACUCUGUGAAUGAAGGCGGCAUUAAAUUGAUUUUUGGAUCACGACUACUGACCAGAUAUUUCUUUGUUGUGUCACUGGCAUGGUUUUCACUGAACAUUUCCAUCUUCUCCCUGUAUUUUAACAUGGCAAACCUGGGCUUGAGCAUAUUUGUGACACAGCUCCUUUUUGGUGUUUUUGAAGUACCCGCUCUUUUACUCUCCAUGUGGCUGUUGGAGAUUUUGGGGAGAAAAAUAUUAUUCACAGCAGUCCUUCUGAUUGGAGGACUCUGUUCCAUGCUGAUCCUGGCUGUUCCUGAAAGUUAUCCCACUGCUUCUACAUGUUUAGCUGUUGCAUCACGUGUCUGCAUGAUAUUUAUGGCUUCUGUUUGUGCUGUCUAUAUGCAGGAGUUGUUUCCGACAUCAGUUAGACAAUCAGCAACAGCUUUAGGAUCCAUGGCAGGGAAAGUAGGUUCUAUACUGGCUCCACUGCUGAACAUGUUGUCCGUGUACCACUGGGCCAUACCAAUCUCAGUCCUCAGCAGCGUCACCAUCAUCAGCGGAGCUCUCGGCCUCCUGCUUCCUGAGACCAGAAACAAAGAGCUUCCAGAAACAGCCAGUGACGCUGAGGGCAACAGAGCUCGUGUUGGUGCUCACAUACCUGAGGGGCUGUGUGCUUUGGAGGAGUGUUGUGACGUCUCCCGUCCUCCAGGUGGCAGUCUCUCCCUGUGUUAUUGGAGUUGAGCCCAGGGCUGCUGCUGUAGUUCUGCUGCAGGUUGGCUUUGGACUCAAACAGAGCACACAGAGCUCUGGUGCUGGAAGUCUGCCUCUGAGGUAAGAAGUCCAUGGAGCGACUCCUGGACAGAUUAGAGCUUCUUCUCGACCCCCAGAGGGAAUCCUUUUCUCUGCCAUCCACACAGCUCUCUGCAAGCUGAGGACAGGAGGGGAUUUUAGGCUGUUUUUCAGGUUUAUUAAUAGUUUUCAGACUGAAUUGGUAAAUCAGACAUAGCGUACUACCUCAGCUUUUUGCUCUGCUCUGUCAUAACUCCUCAGGUCAGCACAGCUUUGGUAACUGUUGGAACAAAUUUAUAGAGAACUGAAUUAGAAAUGACCCCAGCUUCGUUCUAGUGAGAAGCUUUGAGUGUAAAUGUGUGUGAAUGAAUGCAUUUGAAGCAGGGCAUCACAGGAAAAGACCAAUGACACUCACUUAGCUUGUAAAUGUACAUAAUGUGUACUUUAAAUAUGUAUAUACACUGAUCAGCCACAACAUUAUGACCACUGACGGGUGAAGUGAAUAACGUCGAUCAUCUUGUUCUAAUGCAACGUUCUGCUGGGAAACCUUGAGUCCUGACAUUCAUGAGGAUGUUUGACAUGUACCACCCACCUGAACAUUGCAAGUCAAGCAACCCCCCAGGCAACAGCAGUCCUUGAUGCCAGUCGCCACCCUCAGCAGGACAAUGCACCCCGACCCACCACAAGUAUUGCUUAGGAGUGGCCCAGGGAACACAACAGAGCUAAGCUGUUCACCCAGGUUCCACACUCCUCAGAUCCAAAUCUUAUUGAGCAUCUGUGGGAUGUGCCAGGAUAAGCCUGAUCGAGGUAGGUCCAUCCUGCAACCUACAGGACCCACAGAAUUCACUGCCACCAUCUCCCCAGAGGUUUUAUGUCCAUACCCCACUGGCUCAGAGGGGUUUUAGCAGCAUAAAGGAGACGAGUACAAUAUUAGGCAGGUGGUCAUGAUGUUAUGCCUGAUCUUUGUAUACAUGUAUGUUGUGUUGAACUUACUGUUGCACCAGCUCAGAGACAGAUUUUCUCUCCCAGCGGGUUGAAGACGGCCGGACCCACGACCUCUCCUGAGCAUCAGAAAGACUCUUCAGGGACUGAGUCCUCCUCAGGCCAAAUGUCUCCAUCACAGUCCCUCUAACAGCAGC